UUAAUGGACCACAUUGGGUUCAGGAAGCAAUUUGAUGACAUCUGUUGUUUUCGGUUGUUGUUUCGCAAAAUUAUCGUAGAAUGCGGUUUCUGUAAGAUCGAUUCCUUUGCUGGAGGCUUAUAUUGUUCUUAAAGAAGAUGUCUGCAGGCCAGAAUUUAUCAGACGACAGCUCAGGAAGCCAGCUCAGCCAGCUCAGCCAGUUGAACUCGCUUGUAACGCUGGCCGAUUUGGCUUUAAAUUGUUCUAAUAACGACAGAGAUCACAGUUAUGCUGUUGAAAAGAAAUCGUCGACGGGUAUAUUAGAUGAAGAAUGUUUAGUCCAGAAAGAAAAGGAUCACACGUAUGCCUUCAGUGGUCGUUCGAAAUCAGCCCUGAGCAAAUCUGUGCCAAAGCAUAUAAAUGCAGUGGGGCCUAGAAGAAGCUCAAGUGAGGAAAAUGUGUCAAGAAAUUUUGAUAAUAAGGAAAUAAAUGUUACAACAGGAAAAUAUUGGACGACACCUAGCAAGAAAAGUCAAUCGUAUGAGGAAAUAUUAAAACAGAGUGGAUCGGAUCAUUUGAAAGGUUAUCGAGUGCGAGAGAACAGUAAAACAAUGCUUAUCCCCCCUUCCCUUGAACAGACUACACACACUACCAACCCGCAGGGGCCUAUGGUAAAACACCUGAAAAUUGCUGGGGAUCUUGCCUCUCCCCAUUUACCGCGAAAAGAUCAUACCUAUGCUGUUGCGAAUCGUGAUUCAGAUGUGGAAAUGAUAAAUGUAUGCGAUACAAAUGCUGGUGGACCAAUAAAAAGCUCCCCAGAGUACUUAACCGCAAAACAGAAUCGAAGUUACAGUGACCACAUUUAUAAUAAACUGAACAUCAGUACCUCGUCAAGUUAUCCCAAUAAUGAUGUGAUAAUGACAGAUAACAUUCCCAUUUGGUCACGUAAAAGUGAUCAUUCAUACUUUACGUUUGACGAGUCUAUGCGUGAACAAAUGCUAGGCCUGAAUGUGUCAAACCCAAGCAGAAGUAAAAGUAAAUCGAGCAGUAAUGUGAUACAUGUACAACAACAUGGUAUUAAACGUGAUAAAGCUGUAUCACGAAGUGAUCAUACAUAUUUCUCUCUAGCUUAAAUGGUGCCACUGGGCCAGUGAUGUCAAAAAUAAAGCCCGAAAAAUAUAUCUGUGGCAUCCAAAACUUGUCUUUCAUCCCUGUCUUCAUCUGAUCGAUGAAAACAGUUCAAGCAGAAAUGUUGAUAUUUUAACUUUGUGAUACGAAACUGUCGAAUCAAGGAGUAUAAAUGGAGACAAAUAUAUUUUAAGUAUGAUUCUGUGUUUUCCAGCAAUUUAAUUUUAUUGGCUCAUUGAAUAAUUUCCUGUGCACUCCCCCUUCCCCCGCCUUGAUUGUUACUAAAAAUAAAUUUUUAGAUGUGGAUUUCCAGACUGUUUUCAAGUGAAUGUGCUUUGUUGUGUAACGUAUGUGUACUUAUAAUGAACACAAAAACAAAUGUACCGUACGUGUAGAAAUUUUGUCGGCGUUUCUUUGUUAACUUUUUGUUUACAAUUUGAUAAGGUCAAGGUGUGCUGAGAGUGCAUAUCAAGAAUUAUUUGGCUGAUUUCUUCUCGGUAAUAAUCUGUUUGGCUAAACAAGCAUACUAGAUUCUGGAUGUUAAAUUGUUUCAAUGGCAUUUAGUAAUUGAACUGGAGUAUACAGGUCACAAUUUUAUGGAAUACAAUUACUGCUUAUUACUGAGCGAUGUUUUUCGACUAGGCUUGAUAAUGACUUAUUGGAGAAGAAGCCUAGUCAAAAAUGUCGCUCAGUAAUAAGCAGUAAUUGUAUUCCAUAGAAUUGUGACCUGUAUAUUCUGGAUGUUGUUGAGUGGAACGUUAAAUCACAUUUCGCUCUUUCUCCACUAUAUGAGAAACUUUAAAUGUUGUGAAUAAUGUAAUGGUUUUGUAUGUCAAGCGUUUUUGUGAGAUCAUAAUGCUUACAUUGCCAUUGUCAACUCUACCCCCAUAGUAAACUAUAAAUUUAAACUUGGAUUAUAGAUAUUUAUAUUCUAAAAAAUGGCCGUAUUUAUAGACCAAAUGCCAUAUCCACAUUAUAAAUCUCCUUUGUCCAUACCUUGCCCUUGUUAUACUUUUAUGUAUAGUGAUGACUUUACACAGUAGUCGAGCGGUACAGCACCAGCCUCUUGGACUAGUAUGUCCCUUGUUUGAAAUAACUGAGGUCCCUUGGCAGUUGAAAUUUGAAAAAGACUCAAGAGUAUAGGAGGAAAUAACACUCUCCGGGCCUUCUUGCAUUGCACACGUAACCAUAGAAAUGAAUUUAUUUAAUGAUAGUCUCAAGAUGACCAAAGUGUUGUAUGGACGAGAAAUUAAAGUUUAACAAUUAAACCCCAUUCUAUUGCAUUCAAAAUGCCUUGCUUGCUUACUUACCAGUUCCGUUAUUUCGUUUCUUAAUAUAAGUAAAAUGUUAUUGGUAUUUCACAUUUUAAAUCAGUUAUAUGUUAAAUAUAAUUUUACAUACAUAUAAAAGGAGAGUUCUUGCUUAUUUCAGAAUUGCCAAAUUUUCAAAAUAUAUAAAUCUAUUACUAUUGUGAAUAUCUAUACAUGUAGGUGUGGUGUGUUUUACCUAAAACAAAUCACAAAGAAUGUCAAUUUUGGCAUUACAUGAAUGGUCAGAGUUUAAAAAAAAAAUAAUAAAUUUUAUCCAAGUAUGUCAAAAAAGUAAAUAAACGAACUAAGGUAGAAAUUUGUUUAUUUGUAUAUAUCCAUCCAAAGGGUGAAGGGAAGGGCGAUUGGGUGGUUAAACACAUGCACUUUAGAUCAUAAGGUAUGUGAUUGAUUGACUCAAGUGACAUGGUAUCAAUCACGAGCUUGUGCGUGACAAGGAGUAUGUUUUCUCCGGAUUCUCUGGUGUCAUAUCACUGCUAAAGACCCUGAAAGUGCAAGCGAAUAAUUGAUAUAAAACUCCAUGUCUAAAUGUUUAUCCAGUGAAGACAUUACAUUUUAUAAUCAGUACAUAUUAGCUAGUCAAAAUUCUAUUCUCUUUGACUUACAUUCAAAUACAGAUCUAUAUUUCGCUUCAUUUUUUUUUUUAUACUUGCGAUCACCUCUACUACAUGUGACCAGUUGUAAUGGAAGGUCGCAUCAGAGGUCAUAGAAGCAGCUAUUUCAUUAACAUUUGAUUAACCAAUCUGCGUUGAUGGUUCUAGUGGGUUACCCACAGUUCCGUGUACCUCAUGCCGUAAGAGACCAUUUCAUUGGCUAAUCCCUCACCUCAUCCAGAAUGCAGAUUAUAUAACAACUGUUCCAGAUCCUAAUGUAGUAAGACAAGUAAAACUAAAUUUUGAACUAUAAAAAAGUGAAACGAAAUAGGAUCUGUGUUUUAAUCUGAUUGCGACUUAACGUGUAUGAGAUAAUCUAUAGGUUUGUAAAUAUAUGAUUUAUAUAUUUUAAUUAAAGACCAUCAUUACCUCUUUUUCACUAGAUCUUUGUUUGGCCAAAGAACACCACAGACUAUGUAAAUAACGACAUGGUUUAUAUAUGAUAUCUAUAACAAGAACAGCACUUGUUUAUUAUAUUAAAACAGGAUAUGCCUUAUGAAUGUUAGGCCUAUUACAUGUAAUUAGCUGGAGAUAGAUAUAGGCCUAUUACAUGUAAUUAGCUGGAGAUAUAUAUAUAUAGGCCUAUUAGCUUGAAAUAGAUAUAGACCUAUUAGCUGGAAAUAGAUAUAGACCUAGUAGCUGGAAAUAGAUAUUGGUCUAUUAGCUGGAGAUAGAUAUAGGCCUAUUAGCUGGAGAUAAAUAUAGGGCUAAUAGAUAAAGGCCUAUAAGCUGGAAAUAGAUAUAGGUCUAUUAACUUGAGAUAGAUAUAGGCCUAAUAGAUAUGGGUCUAUUAACUGAGGAUAGAUAUUUUUUAAUGUUAGACGUUAUCGAAUGCUGAUUUAACUAUACAAUAUUUGCAGUCAUUAUACAGUUUAAAUAGACUUAAAAAACUAUUUCAAUUUAAUAUUCAAACAUUUUUGUUAGCUCAAGAUGGAACAUAAAAAAAUUAUCUCUAUUUGACUGAAUGAUGAACAUGUAAUAAGGAUUUGGAUAAAUUAUGUACAUUUGAUCUAGAUGUAUUAAGGAUUUUGAUGAAUGAUGCACAUAUAAUAAGGAUCUGUAGUAAUUUGAUUUAAAUGUAAUAAGGAUUUGUAUUAAUUUGAUGUAAAUGUAAUAAGGAUUGUAAUAAGGAUUUGGAUGAAUGAUGUACAUUCAAUAAGGAAUUGCAAAGUGUACUUACAUUUAAUUGAUACUAUGUACUGCUGAAUUAAAUUUCACAAAAUCAGAUGUGAAAUAUUUCUCUGAUCAAAGAAAACAAGUUAUAGUAUUAUAAGAGGUAUGUUGUGAUGUUAAUAUAUUUUUUAUUGUGUGACUAAUGUAUGAUCUCAAUCUAACAAAUUACUUUGAUUUAUUAAUUUAUUGAAGCGAUGCACAUAAUACAAGUUAUGCUGAUAAAUGUACGAUUAGAUGAAUACAUUAUGAAAUAUAGAACUCAAACGGCUGUAAAAUAUUAACUUUAAUUCGGUUUGAUACAUAAUAGUGGAGUGGAGUGGAGUGGCAUGCAUUCCAUCUGUCCUUAGGAAUUCUAAAAUCUAUUUGUGGUCUAUUUACCAGGGAGUCCAGUGAGUUGGCAAAAAUAAUAUUUUUACUAGAAAUGCCUCAUUAAAGUACCGUACUUAAUUUUCAAAACAUGAAAAAUAAAUGUAAACUUCAGUUUAAAAAACUUUUUGUAGAAGAAAUGAAAAUCACAGAUGUUGGCCUGGACAUU